UGCAAUACAUCCAAAAUAGGAGGAUCGACGUGGGAAAGCUCCCCGCGUCUUCUCUCUCUUCUGUCUCUCCUCCGGGGAUGAUCCCUCCCACCCCACCACCUGGAAAAAUAGUAAACCAAACCAAACCCGCCAUCAUCUCCCUCCGCGAUUCCCAACCCUAUUGGCCCAGGUGGACGCGCUCGCCGCCGGUGGGAUCGCCGGAGACCGACGCGGGGCCCACCCCGGAUCCCUUGUGGUAGCCGUAUAGGAGGAGGAACCGAGGAGGAGGAUGUCGCGGGUGCCGUCGCUGUCGCCGUCGCUGUCGGGCGACGAGGACGUGGAAGAGGAGGAGGAGGACGAGGGCGUCGACGGCUACCGCAAGGGCGGCUACCAUGCCGUCCGCCCCGGGGACCAGUUCGCCGCAGGCCGCUACGUCGCCCAGUGGAAACUCGGCUGGGGCAACUUCUCCACCGUCUGGCUCGCCUUCGAUGUCCAAUCACAGAAAUAUGUGGCUCUCAAGAUUCAAAAGAGUGCGCCCGAGUUUGCGCAGGCUGCUCUUCAUGAAAUCGAGUUCCUGUCAGAGAUCACCAAGAGGGACCCUUCCAAUUGUAAAUGCAUCAUUCAGUUGAUGGAUCACUUCAAGCACACAGGGCCGAAUGGGCAGCAUAUCUGCCUUGUCUUUGAGUUCCUGGGAGAUAGCUUGCUUAAGCUGGUACAGUACAACCGGUACAAUGGCAUUGGGUUCGAUAGGGUGAGGCAAAUAUGCAGAUCCAUUUUGGUAGGUCUUGAUUACUUGCACAGUGAGCUUGGUAUCAUCCAUUCAGAUUUGAAGCUUGAGAAUGUUCUCCUUGUUUCAACAAUUGACCCCUUGAAGGACCCCAUACGCUCUGGGCUUAAACCCAACCUUGAGAGGCCUGAGGGGAAUCCUAAUGGAGAAGUUGGUCUCAACCCUAUUGAGAAGAAACUAAAGAUGAGAGCAAGGAGAGUGCUUGCAAAGCUUGCUGAAAGAAGAAAAUCAGUUGCAGAAUCUUCACGCUCGGAAAGGAGCUUGGAUGGGAUUGAUCUGACGUGCAAGAUUGUGGACUUUGGGAAUGCUUGUUGGGGUGACAAGCAGUAUACAGAUUUCAUUCAGACAAGGCAGUACCGGGCACCAGAGAUCAUUCUAGGUGCAGCAUAUUCGUUUUCGGUUGAUGUGUGGUCGCUUGCGUGCAUUGCUUUUGAGCUUGCCACAGGCGAAAUGCUAUUUACACCCAAGGAAGGCCAUGGAUACAGCGAAGAUGAGGAUCACUUGGCUUUAAUGAUGGAGCUCCUUGGCAAGAUGCCAAAAAAAAUUGCUACCAUGGGAACACGGUCAAAGGAGUAUUUUGACCGCCAUGGAGAUUUAAAGCGGAUAAGAAGGCUGAAAUUCUCAUCUGUCGAGCGCAUCCUUGUUGACAAAUACAGAAUUUCUGAAUCUGAUGCCCAGGAAUUUGCCAAUUUCCUUUGCCCUUUACUUGACUUUGCACCAGAGAAGAGGCCGACAGCUGCACAAUGCCUACAGCAUCCAUGGCUUCAACACAAUGAUGAUAAGACUUGUGGGGCUCUUAACAACACUGGUCCCAAGAAUGUUGAUCUGACACACAGCACAGGAAUCGUCACCAGCAGUGACUGUAAGAAUAUUGAUGUGACACACAACAUUGGAAACCUCACUGGCAACUGUGACAAAAGUGGUGAUGCAAAAUGCAACACUGCAAGCAUUGCCAACAAUGUUUCCACGAAUGCUGAUGUACAGCCCAAUAUCGGAAGCAUUGCCAACAGACAUUCCAAAAAUGCCGAUGUACAGCCUAAUACCAGAAGCAUUAUCAACAGACUUGCCAAAAAUGCUGAUGUAAAUAUGAACAUUGGAUCCAUUGUUAACAGAGAUGUCAAUAAUUCUGAUACAAAGCCUCACAUUGGAAGCAUCGCCAACAGUGAUGCCAAAAGCUCUAACGCAAAGCUGGACACUGGGAGCACCAGAAAUGCCAAAACUAUUGAUAUAAAGCCCAACACUGGCAGCAUCACCAGCAGAGAUGACAAGAGUAGUAAUGUGGACAUCACCACUUCCAGUGUUCUCAACAGAGAUGUGAAGUGCAGCAUUAGAAGCGUUGUCAAUUCUUAUAUCAAGAACUUCGAUGCGAAGUGCAACUCUGGAGGCAUUGCCAAUAGUGAUGCCAAUAAUUCAGAUAUGAAGCCCAGCACUAGAAGUAUUGCCACUGUGGGUGGUGGCAAGAGUAUGAACAUAAAGCCAAACAGUGGAAACAUUAAGAACAAUGAUGCCAUCAAUAUUGUUGUAAAGCCCAACGCUGGGACUGAUGCCAACAGUGACACCAAAAACGCUGAUGUACAGACUAAUACUGGAAGUGUCACCAGCAGCGAUGAUAAUGUUGUUGAUACCAAACCAAACAUUGGUCGUGUUGCUGCAAGUAUACAGAGGUUGGAGAGCAGCAUGGGUAAAGUGCAAAUCGGGAGAUAUCGGUGAUAGAGCCCAUGCUAAUGCUGACCAAAAUACCUGUUUUCACCGGCUUGGAUAUCUAUUUACCGUGGAGAGGCAUAUUCUUUUACAUUAGAUAUAUACUAUUGAUUUGAUUACUCAGGUUAAUAACUCUUAUCUGGAGCCAGCCUGCCUACACAUUGAGGACCUGGCAGGUACCAGCUGGUGCUCUCGAAUAUCUGUAUUCCUACCAACUGUAAAAAGUUUUGUGUUUGCCCACAGAAUGUACACGGAGGUACAUAUUUCUUAUAUACACUCUACCCAUGGAGCAAAAUGGAUUAGUGUUCACAGAUUGACACUCAAAAUUACAUAACAUUCUUUUGUACUUUUGGUGGCUAAAUAUGGAGGUCUCUUCGGGAAUGUGUACGUGCAGUAGUAACAGAAGAUUCCUGUUCCUAAUGUGGUGGAUGCACUGGAAGGGAAUAAUUGUAUUCUGACCAGUCACACAACAGUACUCUUUUGUUUCUGCUGAUACUCUGCUAUCCGAGAAAAAAAAAAGAUUGGUCUAUAUCUAACACGAAUCAUCAUUUGUCGGAGCUGGGGGUUGACAUUUUUGUUUGGUUUCUUCUUGUGAGAUUGCAUGUAAAAACUGGGAACAUAAUGUGUUGUAUAAACUUUUCUUUGAUGAUUCUUUUUGUAGUGAACAGCAAUCAAAUUGACAUAAACUUU